UUUUUUUAGAUUUGAUUUGUGGCUUGUUGAUUCGGACUGCAGUUGUCUCUUCACACUUGUUUAAGCUCUCUCAGUUCGUGAGGUGUUGACUGCACUGUUGUUUGAUAUCGUCGACUCAGAGACUGAUUCGAUCGAUUGAAGUGAAAACGCGUUGCAGUAGUUGAAGAACUAGGAGUAGGAGGAACAGUAUGUUUCUGACGAGGACUGAGUAUGAUAGGGGUGUGAACACUUUCUCUCCCGAGGGAAGAUUGUUCCAGGUCGAGUACGCCAUCGAAGCUAUCAAGUUGGGCAGUACUGCACUGGGCGUGUGUUGUGAGGACGGCUGUGUGCUGGUUAGCGAGAAGAGAAUCACUUCACCUCUCCUCAUCGCCAGCAGUGUCCGCAAGAUACAUGAGAUAGAGUCACACCUCGCUGUUGCGGUAAGUGGUCUGAUAGCGGAUGCGAUGACGAUGGUGGACAAAGGGCGGGUGGAGGCGACGAACCACUCUUUCUCCUACGAGGAGCCUAUUCCCCCAGAGUCCCUGACCAAGUCUCUUUCCAAUCUAGCCCUCCAGUUCGGAGAUGACUCUGGCAAUCAGAAGAACUCAAUGAGCAGGCCCUUCGGAGUAGCUGUCAUCGUCGCAGGCAUCCAGGACGGCCGUGCUCGCAUGUUCCAUCUGGACCCCUCUGGCACAUACACAGACUGCAGUGCCAAGGCCAUCGGAAGUGCCAGUGAGGGGGCCAUGCAGCAACUGGAGGAACAGUACCACUCGCAGAUGAGUCUGUUUGAUGCCUCCAAAGUGAGUCUCACCAUCCUCAAGGACGUAAUGGAGGAGCGACUGAGUAAGAGCAAUGUGGAGGUGUGGCACGUGACCACUACGCAAGACGCUCAGGGCAGUCACGUGAGAGUGUUGAACGAGGAACAGGUGGCGGAAAUUGUAGAUGCCAUCUCGGGAUGAUUGGAGAACACGAGGUCAAGUGUACAACUGUGGUAGUCGAAACAAGCAAUAAAUACAUCAAACGAGUGAGCAGAAUUUGGAACCAAUGAGCAACUAGUGAACAAACUGAUUGAUUGUGAACUGAUUCGGGCGCAAUUGAAACAGGCCAAACCCUGAAAUGAUAUGACUUGUAGUUCAUUUAACGUGUUAAUUUGAAUAAAUAUAGUUGACAAA